CUCGCUCUCUGGCGGACAGGGAGAGAGCGAGCGAGAGGGAAGGAGAGUGUCGCUGUGCGCGCGUCUUUCGGGGGCGGUCGCCAUUUAGCGCGGCCAGUUUCCCCCCCUCACUCGGGAGAGGUGGCAGUGAGAGGCCCAUCCCCCACUCUCCUCACGAGUGGGAGGGAAGGACGGACGUGAAGAAGCUCCGGCGGCAGGCAGGCAGGGCUGGGCAGGCGCGGCGCCCCUUCUGGGUUAUUUCCCCGCCUCUCCUCCCACUCCCUCAGGCCAGGCGGUCUCCGAUCGGAGGGUGGCCUUCUUCUCUUCGGGCUGAGAACGAAGCCCCAAAGGAGGAGGGGCGGCGGCGGCGGGCGUCCCGGCAUCGCGCGAGGGAACGAACGGAAGAAGAAGGGAAGAGGUGUCGGCGGCGAGGACGGGCCGGGGAGGAGCCUAAGCGAGCGGCUGAGCCGGACUUCAAGGGAGGCAAGGAGCUGGGCGAGAGAACGCGCGCGGCCGCGACAGCCACGGGCCUGCCCUUACCGCGCACCCCACCCCGCUGGUCCGGGGCCUGCCGAAGGCUCCUUCCCGGCCUCUUUCCUCCUCUGACUCCCCCACCCCACCUUCGCUGCUGCUCCAUGUCGGCCCUGCUGUUCGGCUCCCCGCUGCAGCAGGAUGGAUGCGGACACUGACUGGGGAGCCACCUCGCCACCGCCGGCCCAGCCAGCCACUCCACGAGUCGCCUCGCCGUCGUCUUUGCUCCACACCGCCCGGAGAUUCCGGGAGCCGCCUUUGCAGCAGCACCACCAGUCCCGAGAACCGCCGCCUCCGCCGCUUCUGCCGCCUUCCGAGCAGCUCUUGGGCGCGCUCGCCGCCUCGCCUUGACUGGCCUCGCGUCAGCUGCUGCAGCGGCAACUGCUGCGCGCCCUCCUGCGCCUGCCUCCCUUCGACAUCAUGUCAGCGGGCGCUCCGGAGAGCGGUGGGGCGUCGGCGGCGGCGUCGGCUGCUGCUGCUCCUCCUCGCUUCCUCGCCCCGCCGCCUCCCCCGCCCAAGAACGGCUCGAGUUCGGACAGCUCCGUUGGAGAGAAGCUCGGGGUGGCCGCUGCGGGGACGUCGUCCGCCCCGGGAGAUCCCGAAGGUUCGGAAGGGGCCAAUUGCCGUAGCGAGGAGUACCGGCGACGCCGACACACCAUGGACAAGGACAGCCGUGGUGCGGCGGCCACGGAACACCGCUUUUUCCGCCGGAGCGUCAUUUGCGAUUCGAAUGCGACCGCUCUGGACCUUCCGCGGCUACAGCCUGCGGCUCCUCCCCCGGCUGCCGCCGCCGCCGCCGCCGGUGCUGCUCGAGGGAGCAUCCCGCCGGUGUUGGGCUCUCCUCCCGAGUCUGUCAUCCAGGCAGCCGGCGCUUCUGUCACCUCCAGCCAGGCUCCCGCGUUGCUACUACAGCCGCCCGCACCUCUGCCUCCAGCCGCAGAAGUGCCGUCUGGUCCAGAGCUCUUGGUAGCCAAGGAGGUUGGCCCCCUAUUAGCCAAGGAGGAAGGGAUUGAAGCUGCUGCACUGCCACCUACCAGUACGGCAGGAAGCGUUACCGCUUCGGCCCGGGAUCUGCAGGAAGAGCGGAGUAAGCGGCAAGAAGAUAUCGAGGAGCAGGAGACCAAAGCCGUGGCUUUCUCUCCAGAUGGUCGUUUUUUGAAGUUUGACAUUGAGAUUGGCCGAGGCUCCUUCAAGACUGUCUACAAGGGACUAGACACUGAGACCACAGUGGAGGUUGCUUGGUGUGAGCUGCAGGAUCGGAAGCUGUCCAAAUCAGAAAGACAACGGUUUAAGGAGGAAGCUGAAAUGCUGAAAGGGCUUCAGCAUCCUAAUAUUGUUAGAUUCUAUGAUUCCUGGGAAUCUACAGUCAAGGGAAAGAAAUGUAUUGUUCUGGUUACAGAACUUAUGACAUCUGGCACAUUGAAAACAUAUUUAAAAAGAUUUAAAGUGAUGAAAAUCAAAGUGCUGCGAAGCUGGUGCCGGCAAAUUCUCAAAGGUUUACAGUUCUUGCACACACGCACUCCUCCCAUUAUCCAUCGUGAUUUGAAGUGUGACAACAUCUUUAUCACUGGCCCCACAGGAUCAGUCAAGAUAGGAGAUCUGGGCUUGGCAACUUUAAAACGAGCUUCUUUUGCCAAAAGUGUGAUAGGUACCCCAGAGUUCAUGGCACCCGAGAUGUAUGAGGAGAAAUACGAUGAGUCCGUUGAUGUAUAUGCUUUUGGGAUGUGUAUGCUUGAGAUGGCUACAUCUGAAUACCCUUAUUCUGAAUGUCAAAAUGCUGCACAGAUCUACCGUCGAGUGACCAGUGGAGUCAAGCCAGCUAGCUUUGAUAAAGUAGCUAUUCCUGAAGUGAAGGAAAUAAUUGAGGGAUGCAUUCGUCAAAAUAAAGAUGAAAGAUAUGCUAUCAAGGACCUUCUGAAUCAUGCAUUCUUCCAGGAAGAAACUGGUGUGCGUGUAGAAUUAGCAGAAGAAGAUGAUGGAGAGAAAAUUGCUAUUAAGCUCUGGUUACGAAUUGAAGACAUUAAAAAGCUAAAAGGAAAAUACAAGGAUAAUGAAGCAAUAGAAUUUUCUUUUGACUUGGAAAGAGAUGUUCCAGAGGAUGUAGCACAAGAAAUGGUUGAAUCUGGAUAUGUCUGCGAAGGAGAUCACAAAACAAUGGCUAAAGCUAUAAAGGAUAGGGUAUCUUUGAUUAAGCGAAAGAGAGAGCAGCGUCAGUUGGUAAGGGAAGAACAGGAGAAAAGAAAGCAAGAAGAAGUCAAUCAGAAACAGCAGACAGAACAGAAAACACAAGCAGGGGCUGCCCAGCAAGGAACAAAACAGGCUGUGCCUACUACAAGUGUCACUGCCAUUCCCACCACUUCAACUUCUGUUUCUACCCAAGUAGAACCCGAGGAGCCCGAGGCAGAUCAGCAUCAACAGGUUCAGUUCCAGCAACCCAAUGUUUCUGUAUUAUCUGAUGGCACAGUUGACAGUGGCCAGGGUUCGUCUCUCUUUAGUGAAUCAUGCUUGAGUAGCCAGCCGUCGGCUUCCUUCACUUCCCAGCAUGAACAGUCUCUUCCAACACUUCCAGCCUCAGGAUAUUCAGUUCCUGUUGGCCAGCCACAGUCACAACAGCCUGGAGGAUACCAGACCUCUACGGUGCCUCAGUCCAUGAUGCAUCGGUAUGGACUAGAUUCCCAAGUAAUUUUUUCUACCAUUCAUGAACGGCCAGGCUCUUUCUCACCACCACCCACCUGCCCUUUGGGGGUGUCCAUUUCUCAACGACGCAAAAGUACUUCUAUCCUUGAAGCCCAAACUUGCCAUUUCCAGCCCUUGUUCAAGACCAGUCAAAAUCUACUUCUCCCUGGUGGUAGUCCAACAGUUUGGACACCAGAGACAUUAGCGACAAUGAGCACAACUGCUCAUAAUUCCACAAGAGAACACAUUCAGGCUAACACUGUGUUGAACUUGACUCAAACCUUGAACGAUUACAGACCUGGACAAGCAAUUUCGGAAGAUGCUACAAACACAUUGACCCAAGAAGCAUUAUAUUUAGUGGGCAUGCACUAUCAAUCUCAAUUACCUGAACACUGUGAAACACUAUCCUAUAAUGCUCAAGGAACUGAGCUAAACUUGCUGCAAGCUCCUGAAUUGAGAAACGUACAAGGUGGCCCUCUUCAAAAUUCUGCUUUUGAAUAUCAAACCGGGCAGACGUUUUUGGCAAGACAAAUUCAAAAUUUGAGAUUGGAUUCUGGAAUGAAUCCAUUAUUGCCAGUGUCCGGCAUAUCAACCCCAUUGAGCGCAGACGUCAUACAGAUGAAUUUUCAUCCAGUCUUUGUUCCACAUUCUGCACCUGCUAUACUCUCUCACAAUGGGGAUGGUCAAACAAGUGUGUUUGAGUUCCAUGUUCAAACUCCCAGUGUAACUGCAGGAGAAAGUACAACUUUAUCUCAGUGUGUAUAUAGAAAUCGUCACACAGAUUUUAACCAGGAGGAGUCUACUCAAAGAACUUUGCAGCCUGUUCGCCUUCAGCCUGUAAAAGAGGAACAGAGUAACUAUAUGAGUUCUGAGUUCAUGAUGAGUAGAGGCAGUUCUGUUCUCCAGAGCUGGCUGGAAAGUAGCCCAGGGUAUUCCAGUGACUCAUCACAGUUAAUUUCUUCCGAUACUAGUGAUUUUCUGUCGCCCCCUCCGAGUGGGACAUCUGUAUCAUAUGCCACAGAUUUAUCUUUUUCUGCUUCCCAAAUGGCUGAGAAGAUAUUGCCAGAUUCACAGGUCUUCAUCCACUUUCCACAAAGAACUUCAUCUGAACAGGCACUGUCUGCAUUGUUUUCAACAAGAUCAUCUACAUUCUAUUCUCAGGCUUCUAUGCAGAUGCAAGGGCAGCCAUCCUCAAAUGAAUCAUCAGUGAGCACAUCAUCACAGCUUUUGCAGCAAAAUCAACUGACUACCCAACAGCCAACCACCUCUCAGCAGUCUGGGCAAUACCAAGUUCCACAGCCAUCAGCUUCCACUGGAGCUGCUCCGUUACAACCAGUAACACAACAAGCACAAGUAAUGCCUAUGCCUCAGGGCUUCCCAUCUCGGCUACCAGCACAGUAUAUUGGAGACUCAAAUAUUGCUUCCUCUUCUGUGGCUUCUGCUUGCCUUCCUUCUGCAGUAUUGUCCCCUCCUUUACCCACAGAAGCAUUGGCUCAGCCAAGCUAUCUUGCUGCGGUAGGGCAUCCUUACAUGGAGCAGAAUGUUUUAGUUUCUUUGGGCAGUCUAGGAGGACAGGUUCAAGUGCCCCAGUCUGCUUCCACCCAGCAGACAGCAUUAGAGGGUACAACUCCCGGAAUCACGCAGAUUGCACCCCCAGAGCCUCAGCCUUCAAUACAGCAGCAACCUUCACAACCAACUCCAUUAGUUUCUUCAAUAGACAGUGCUCAUUCAGAUGUUGCUUCAGGCUUAAGUGAUUGCAAUGAAAGUGUUUCAGCAUCUAGUGGUAGACACGAAGGGAGGACUACAAAGCGGCAUUAUCGUAAAUCAGUACGCAGCCGUUCUCGACAUGAGAAAUCUACACGUCCCAAACUGAGAAUUCUUAAUGUUUCAAAUAAAGGUGAUCGGGUUGUGGAAUGUCAACUAGAAACACACAACAGAAAAAUGGUUACGUUCAAAUUUGACUUGGAUGGUGACAAUCCAGAGGAAAUCGCUUCUAUAAUGGUGCAAAAUGAAUUCAUAUUAGCAAUAGAGAGAGAUUCAUUUGUUGAGCAGGUUCGAGAUAUUAUAGAAAAGGCAGAUGAAAUGCUCAAUGAAGAUCCCAGUAUGGAGGCAGAAGGUGAUCAAAGUAUGGAUGGUAUGCAGAAGCAGAAAUUGGAUGGAGACUUCAAGCAACCAGAUCCUGUUUCUUCCAUGCCACAAAAAAUAGGUGUACCUCCUAAUUCAUUUACUGAGGUAGUCCACUCUGCUGGAAGAAGAUUUAUUGUCAGUCCUGUACCAGAAAGUAGACUGCGAGAACAGAAAUUUUUCACUUCCAUUCCAUCAGAAUAUGAGUUUUUCGAUUCGGUUGCUUCCACAUCUCAUGGUCCUGGGAUGAAUCUCUCGCAUUCUGCAUCAUCACUCAGUCUGCAACAAGCUUUCUCAGAUCUCAAGCAUAUGCAGCACACUGAAGGACCUAGCACAGCUCCCCCAGUUUUUAACCAAGCUGUGCCUCCUUUUCCUACUGUAGCUUCAGGUGCCAAUGGGCUGCCAUCUACAACUGUAACUGCUGCUUCUGCAUCCCUCCCUCCCUCCAUUAGUAUUUCUUUAUCAGCAACUCAGUCCACAGAAAUGGGGCUUCCAGCGAGUGAAGAAUUGUCAGUCCCAAGCUCUCCACCACCAGUAUUGCCUGGGUCACAGUUAAACAGUGGAGUAGCUUUGAGUGUCAGCACACCUUCAUUUUCAUCAACAACUGUAGUCCAGGCAGCUUCUGCUACUGGAGAAAUUGUUACUAGUAUUAGCACGCCUGCUUCUCUGACGUUGCCACAAGCUGCAACAACAGGGCCCAGUGUUACAGAAUCAGGUGUUAUGGCGCCAUCAGUGCCAUCCCAGCAAGUUGGUAGUGCUGUUUCAACAACAUCUCAAACAGUUCCUGUAUCUAUGGCCCAGAACGUUGUUUCACAGUCUUCUCAGUUGAAUACCAGCACUUCUGUUCCCAGCCUAGCAAAAAUGGUAGUGGUUAGUGUGUUGCAGCCAAGAUCAGAAAGUGAACAGGCAUCAGAAAAUCCACAGUUGUGCCAUACAGGUGAAGUACCUGUGCAUGUUUCUGUACCAAUACUCUCUACAGGAGCCUCAGGUACAUCUCGCAGCAGCUCCCAGCAAUCUGUGGUACAGCCAUUACCCGUCCCACCUAUAGUUACCUCAUCUAGCUUUGCAACAUCAUUGGGUGCAGCCUCUACCCCAGUAUUACCCCAGGUCCCUUUGCCUGGUGCCCUACCACUGGCACAGCCAGUAGCUAAUAUACCUGUUGUCCAGCAGACUUUAAUACACAGUCAGCCUCAACCAGCUCCAUUACCCAAUCAACCCCAUACUCAUUGUCUAGAAGGGGAUAUUGACACCCAGCCCAAAGCACCUGGCAUAGAUGACAUAAAAACCCUGGAAGAAAAACUACGAUCCCUCUUCAGUGAACAUGGUGGAAUUGGAACAGCUCACCCCUCUGUGUCCCUGGAAACAUCCUUAGCAAUGGAGGCCACAGCCAUUCCCGGCUUACCAAGUACUACUGUUGCACCCACAAAGCCUGUGGUAUCCAUUACAAGUACCAGUAUGCCACCUGCAAGUUUGGUGCUUGGUCCAACAGGUCUUCCUGUCAUGACACCAGUUGCCACUCCAGGACAAGCAGGCACCCCAAUUAGUUCUGUCUCAGUGACGUGCUGUCCUGCCACAGCAACAACUAAACCUGGGACGCCUCCUUCAAAACCACCUCUUAGCCGGGCAUCGGCACUACCAGUAGGUUCUGAACUCCCAACUGGUGCUCCACCCAGUGAGCAGCUGCCACCCUUUCCAGGACCUACACUAACUCAGUCCCAACAACCUCUGGAAGAUCUAGAUGCCCAGUUGAGAAGAACUCUGAGUCCGGAGAUGGUUACAACAACUGCAUGUUCUGUGCCACCUGUGGCAACUACAGCAGUUACUGGAAUGGUAUCCACCUCAGAACAACCCACAGAUUCAGGUUCUCAGGAUGCAGAGAGCAGUAGCACCUCGGGAGUUGCAGUUCUUAAGAUGGGUCGUUUUCAGGUGUCAGUGGCUGUGGAUGACCAGAAAGACAGUGAAAGUAAGCCCGAGCACUUUGAUACAACAACCUCAGAAUCCUCAUCUUUGUCUAGCAGCAGUCCAGAAAGUACUCUCGUGAAGCAAACCUCCAGUGGGACAGCAGAUAAUAUUCCUGUUACUUCAGUGGAUGCAGUGGAUGGUGCACACUCUCCCACUGUUCAUUUGCAGCCAACCAAGGUUGGACGUUUCCAGGUGACGACGACAACAGACCAAGUUGGUCGCUUUUCUGUGUCUAGAACUCAAGACGAGGUAACCUGCAUAGGGGGAGAGGUUCCUGAAGUGGUCCCUUUGUCCGUGGACUCUGAGCAAGUUUCUUCCCCGCUUACAAUUCCUAAAACGGAAUUUGCAGAGAGAAGGCCAUCUCUGCAUCUGAACGGGCCAUCCUCUGAAUUGGAAGCUGCUUUCCUAAGCGGUGCAGCUAAAGAGUUAGAUGACGGUUCAGCGAGUCCUGAUUCGAUCCACCCUCCUGCCUCAAAAAUCAGUCUUCCAGUCCAGAGUCUCAGCAACUCAUUCAACUCUUCCUACAUGAGCAGCGAUAAUGAGUCAGACAUAGAAGACGAAGAUUUGAAGUGUGAGCUGCGUCAACUGCGGGAAAAGCACCUUAAAGAGAUCCAGGAACUUCAGAGUCGUCAGAAGCUGGAGAUUGAACUCCUUUACACAAAGUUGGGCAAAGUGCCUCCAGCAGUAAUCAUCCCUCCUGCUGCUCCUCUCUCAGGCAGGAGAAGAAGACCCACUAAAGGGAAAAGCAGCAGAUCCAGUCGCAGCAGUUCCCAGGGUAAUAAGAGCCCACAGAUUUUGGGAAACCUGUCUGCUCAGAGUGCCCCUUCAGUUCUACCCCAGCAGCAGACCCUGCACCCUCCUGGUAGUGUCCCUGAAACAGGACAGAACCACCUGUUACAGCCACUGAAGCCAUCUCCUUCUAGUGAAAAUCUCUAUUCAGCUUUUACUAGUGAUGGGGCCAUUUCUGUUCCAAGCCAAGGGACCAGCAGUAUAAACACUGUUGGAGGUACAGUAAACAGCCAGGCACCCCAGUCUCAGCCCCCUGCCUCUAGUCGGAAAGGAACCUUUACUGACGAUCUGCACAAACUAGUGGACAACUGGGCUCGUGACGCUAUGAAUCUGACUGGCAAGAAAGGAGGCAAAGGACAUGGCAAUUAUGAGGGUCCAGGAAUGGCAAGGAAGUUCUCUGCACCAAGCCAACUCUGCAUCUCGAUGACAUCAUCUCUUGGUGCUACUCCUAUCUCUGCAGCAUCAGCUACCUCCCUAGGUCACUUCACCAAGGCAAUGUGUCCCCCUCAGCCGUUUGGUUACCCAACAGUGCCCUAUGUAGCCCCUUGGAGUGGGACGGGUGGUCCAGCACAGCAGCCUUUAAACCAGUUCCAGCCUGUAGGAACUGCCUCAUUACAAAGCUUCAACAUCAGCAACUUACAGAAAUCUAUCAGCAACCCUCCUGGCUCCAAUCUGCGGACCACUUAGUGAUUCCCAGCCACGUUGCUGGGGAGACCUUUGGGCAGGAGUUGGGGCCUGAAUUAACUGCUAUGCUCUAUGUGCCCAAAAGGGAUGGAUACCCCCCCUCUAACCAUUGCUCUCUGCACGCAGUAAGUAAAGCCCCCCUUUCAGAAGAUGGGGAGAAAAUGACCAGGAUCCUUUCAGAUGGCACAUGCUUCCUCUAAUUCUUGUAUGUGGCAGAAUGUAUAAAGAUGGAAAUCACCAUGCAAGCCAGAAGCCUCUGACUGUAAAAAUCACAUGGCUUAAGAGGCUGGAUCCUAUGGGUUGGGAAGAAAGUUGUUAGCCUUCGCAUGAAUCCUGGUAUGUGAUUUGCUUUGUUAUGAAGAGCUAAGCCCAGGAGGAAAGCUGACCAUUUAACAUCAUCUUGUCUCUUCCUUCCUUCAAAGCAACACAUACCAGUUCCUGAGCGAAUGAGCACACAGAUGGACAUGCAGAAUAGCCCAGGCUUUGAGAUAAAUCUUUCCUGCUUUCAGGAAAAGAUAUUAACAGCUUUGACAGCAGCAUUAGAGCAAUUUAAAAAUGUUUAGAAGAAAAAUAAUAAUUAAAAGUUCCCUGCGGACAUGUACUUACCAUCAGUUUUGAUGUGGAAACACUGUGAUAUAUAAAUGUUGUUGGACAACAGUAGUUUAAAAAAAAAAUGAGUGGAGUAUAGAGGGUUAAACAGUCAAAAAAGAAAAAAUGGGAAAAAAGCUAGCUAUAUCCUGAUACUUAUUGGAGACACUUUAACUUUUUUCCUUUUUAUUUUCAUUGUAUUAGAUAAAUGUGAAUGUAUAAUUGUAUAAAUUAAUGUACUUGAAUACUUGUCUGUUCUCCCAGUAUGCUUGCUGGAUAUUUUAGUGCCUUGGACUUUUUAUUGCUUCUGCAGUUAGCAUCACCUGCCCGGCAGACUUUAGACAGACCGAGGGAAAGGAGAGAGGGAGGUUAUUUUGGACAUAGCCACUGAAAUACCAAAGGCCUAAAACAUUGGAUGCUUAUACUGUAACAGUGUCUAGAGUAAGUGUUGGAGGGGAGCUACUGCAGCAGUACGUUGAGAAGGUAAAGCUAUGGAGUGGUGGGGAAAAACCAGCAAUGGAUAUUGGUGGAGGGUACAGAAAUGAUGACAUGUCAUGUAACCAGAGUAAAGCUGGGCUGAAUGUGAACAGAGAGAGAGAGAGAAAGGGAGGGAGAAGGAGAAAGGCUUGUCUGAAAAGACGGCUCCUAAGGGCAGGCUGACUGAAAGCUACAAAGGGUUUUAGGAGGGUCAACAUGUGUUCAGAAACUGGAGUUUUAUCACUCUGGGAGCGUGAAAGCCUCCUGGGGUUUGCUCUUCGUUGUCUUUAAUUCUACCUAGAAAGAGCAGAAAUAGAUAUUCCACAUUGCGGGUUUCAUUGCCAAGGACAGAUACACUUGAAACACUCAGAAUCAAAAAAUAACGUUGUUUUUGUUCAAUGUCUAAAGGACUUAAAACUGGUACCAAGACUGUAACUGUGUUGCCUUCUACUAGGGGUGCUGUAUCACCUACUUUCCACUCAAACUCGGUUUCUAACUCAACAGACAGGUUCUCUAUUCAAAUGAAAUACUGCAACCAACUAGUAUUACUCUAUAUUGCUGCAGCAGGCCGUGAAGGGUCAAAGUACUUCUAUUUUGUAUUUGGGAGUAGCUUUACUGCUGGUCUAAAAGUUUGUAUACUAAGUAAAAAAAAAAAAGGUCUCUCCCCCCCCCCCCUCCCCAAAAGAUCCUUUAAGGUUAGCAGGGAAUUUGUUUAUUUCUGUACUUGUUCACGCUACCCUCAAACAUAUAUGCACAGGUUUGUCUUUCCAUCCCUUUGUCUCAAGUUGAAGUUUAGAGUGGCUUUGUCAGGAAGGGAGGUCUCGGCAGGGUGGCUGGAAAGCAAAAGACGGGAGUCUAUAAGGUAGCUGGGUCCCAACCUCUUUUCCGACUUUAAAGUCCCCAUUGUGACGGAAUAUGGGAAAGCUCUGUUAAUGGAGAAGCUUUUACUUUCCGAGUUGGCGGCCCAUUCUUCAAAACAAAACAAACAUGAGUUAAUAUGCAGAAAGUAUAAAGAAUCAGUGAUGAAAGGUGCCACUUCAUGGUUAGAAUGGUCAGCUGAGUGUUGCACGAGGAUGGUAUUUUGGUUUAAUAUGUUUGAGGUUGGGUUUUUCACUUAGUUACGCAAAUACUGGUUUUAUUUACCAUUGAUUUCCCUCCUGUGGAUUAAAUAACUGAGGUCUAGAAGAAUUACCUAAUGCUACUGAACUGUUAAAUUAUUUUGUGUUAAUAUUACACUUUUGAGUACCUUUUUUUUCCACAAGAUCUGUUUCUGAAUUACAGAUGUUUUCUUUACAUUAUUUAACAAU